CUCUCACUCUCACGGCAGGACAUCCCAAGGGCAUCAAAGCAAGACAAGAUGACUCACCAUUGCACCAAGUUCUCCGGCCACUGGAAGAUCAUUGUCUUCGACGAGGAGUGCUUCCAGGGCCGUCGCCAUGAGUUCACCUCCGAGUGCUGCAACGUGAUGGAGUUUGGCUUUGAGACCGUGCGCUCCCUCAGAGUGGAGAGCGGAGCCUGGGUGGGUUAUGAGCACGCCUCCUACCAGGGACAGCAGUUUGUCCUGGAGAGGGGAGAGUACCCCCAGUGUGAUGCUUUCGGCGGUAGCAAUGCCUAUCACAUUGAGAGACUGACCUCCUUCAGACCAAUUGCCUGUGCUAACCACAGAGAGUGUCGUAUGACUAUCUUCGAGCGUGAGAACUUCCUGGGCCGUAAGGGUGAGCUUAGUGACGAUUACCCCUCCCUCCAGGCCAUGGGCUGGUGCAACAACGAAGUUGGCUCUCUCAGGAUCCAGUCUGGAGCAUUUGUGUGCUACCAGUACCCUGGCUAUCGUGGAUACCAGUAUAUCAUGGAGUGUGAUCGUCACUGUGGGGAGUACAAACACUUCAGGGAGUUUGGCUCCCACUGCCAGACCCCUCAGAUCCAGUCCAUCCGCCGCAUUCAGCAGUAACAACUUACUCCAAACUCCCCUGACCCCCCCCCUCCCUUCCCAUCUGACCCUUCACCUUUGACCCCUGCUGCUACCUAGUGCUGAAUAAAAUGUCUUUCUUAAA